CUCUCUCGCGCCGCUCCCGCGGGCGGCUCGGGAGAGAAAACCCUAGCGCCGCCGCCCGCCGGGCACCCCCCCCCCCCCUCCACAGCUGCUCCCCUCGCCGCCGCCGGGCAAAGCCCGUGCAGCGUCGGCGGCGGCGGGUAAGUUGAUCCUUCCGGCGGGUCUCGAGCGGGCGCGAUCCAUCUCGAUCUGGCGGAGGUGGGCGGUCUGCAGGGGAGUGCUGUCGGUAUGCGCGGAGGUCUGGCCGGGGUCGGCGAGCAGGGGUAUGGAGGAGGCGUGCCCGUGCGGAGCUGGGGCCAGCGCAGGCGCAGAGAAGCGGCCGGAGGUCGACCUCGAUCUGCCGGCUGAGGAGCGCCUGGGUGCGGGUGACGACCGGAGGUCAGGUCGCGGCGCGGUUGCUCGCGCAGGGCGCGCGCGGAUCUGGCACGGUCGCUGGUGCGCGUGGCGGAGGGAAGGAGCUGCGCCGUUGGGGUGCGCGGGCGCGGUUGAGCACGGGUCUGCGGACUGGGGGCGGCUUGCUCCCGUGGAAGGCGCGAAUGGGACGCGAGGGGGCGGCGGGGCUGGAUCUGCCAGGUCGUCCAUGCCCGGCGGCCCGGGAGGGGCACUACCGGCCGCUGGUGGUGCCCGGAUGCCGCUGGUUGGAGCAGGGAGGCUCUGGCCGCGGUUGGAUGCGGGGUGCAGAACCCGAUCUGGUUCUGCGGUUCCGUCGUCGAGGAGGAUAGCUGGUGGCCCUGCACAGUGGUGGCGUGCUCGCUGUGCGGGGGUGCACGUCCAAUGGAGGUACGGGUUGACCUUGGCCUGCUGUGUGGGAGUGGCUGGACUGGGCGAAAGCCUGCCCGGUGAUGGCCGGCCGGCGGCGACGGCGUCUGUGGGCGUCGCUAGGAAUCUUCAUAGCCUCUACUCUCGGAUCAUGUUCUUGGGGUGAAAACCCAGAUCCUGCUGCAGGGUUGGACGGUGGCGUCGUCUCCAACGUCGUUCCCCUCUUUAGGGCGCCGUCUUGAAGACUUUGAUCCCUUUGGUGCUUCCUGCGAUUGGGCGUGCACGGUGACUUCUGUGGCAACAAUGACGGCGGUGAGCAAUGUCGGAGGCAUGGUCUUUGGUCGUGGUAGUCGGCUCUCUUCUCCGGCGUGUCCGCAGGAGUGCCUCGACUGUCCGUUGCUGUGAAGUCGAAGCCACGGUGGGGGGCCGGUGGUAUACGAUGACGCGCGACAGAUGGGAUAAAUACGUUUGAUGAUACACCACCAGAAGAAUGGUUUCAAAUGAAUGCUGUUCUUCGUCUGAGCUUGGGCAAUUUCUUGUUUUUCGCAAUAUUUGCUCUCACGAUGAUUGGUGUCAAAGACCAGAACGAUCGGCGAGACGCAUGGCACCAUGGUGGCUGGAUUGCAAAGUUUGCUAUCUGGGUCGUUCUUGUUGUUCUUAUGUUCUUUGUCCCGAACAUUGUAAUUAGUGUUUAUGAGAUAUUAUCAAAGUUUGGAUCUGGCUUGUUUCUUCUGGUACAAGUCGUGAUGCUUUUAGACUUCACAAAUAAUUGGAAUGACUCUUGGGUUGAGAAGGAUGAGCAGAAGUGGGAAAUAGCUUUGCUUGUGGUGACUGUGAUUUGCUAUCUCGCCACGUUUGCCUUCUCCGGUGUGCUCUUCAUGUGGUUCAAUCCCUCUGAUCAUGAUUGUGGUCUCAAUGUGUUCUUUAUUGUCUUGACAAUGAUUCUUGCUUUUGCAUUUGCAAUAAUUGCUUUGCACCCCCAGGUCAAUGGUAGCGUUAUGCCUGCUUCGGUCAUUUCUGUUUACUGUGCAUACCUGUGUUACACUAGUCUGUCGAGUGAACCAUAUGACUAUGCGUGCAACGGGCUUCACAUGCACUCUAAGCAGGUCUCAAUGAGCGCCCUUGUCCUUGGGAUGCUCACCACCGUGCUCUCUGUAGUCUACUCUGCCGUUCGCGCUGGAUCUUCCACUACUUUCCUUUCGCCACCGUCGUCUCCUAGAUCUGGUGCGAGGAACCCUUUGCUUGGUGACUCUAAUGUGGAGGAGGGGAAGGGCAACAGCGAGGGAAGUGAGCCGCGCCCUGUGAGCUAUUCUUACACCUUCUUCCACCUUAUAUUCGCCCUCGCGAGCAUGUACUCGGCCAUGCUUCUGACGGGCUGGACGAGCGCCACUUCAGAGAGGUCGGAGCUGAUGGAUGUCGGAUGGACCACCGUCUGGGUGCGCAUCUGCACGGAGUGGUCCACCGCAGCGCUGUACAUCUGGACCCUUGUUGCUCCGCUGCUUUUUCCUGACCGGGACUUCUCAUGAGCAUGUUUGUGUACUAUUCUGAGCAUGUCCGUUGCAGUUUAUGCAGAGAUUGGUUUGCUUUGAAAGAGCUAGCAGAAUAGUAUCUAUGUAUAUAUGUCCAACAUGCUCGUUGCCUUUGAAAGUGGAGUACCUAGGUUGUAAUUGUGAAAUCAGUGCAGUAGUAGCUAUGCAUGUAUGUAAGUAACACUUCGAAGUUAGCAUUGCUGCAUUGGUCGCUGGCUCACCGUCAUGAUGUAUGCAAUGAGGAUAUCAUCUGAAUGAAAAUGUUUUGGGGCAUCCAACUUUGCUUA